CAAGAUUUAGAAGAAGCAGAAAGGGUCUUGAGAGGAGAGCCCCACUUGGACGCCCAGUCAUUGCGUUCGUCCAAGGCUUCACCAUGAACCGGAACAAGCGUGAGAAGGAGUACUACAGCAUAGAUGUAGGCGAUUCAACUUUUAUGGUCAUAAAGCGCUACCAGAACCUCAGACCCAUCGGCUCUGGAGCACAGGGAAUUGUCUGCUCAGCGUACGACCAUAACUUUGAGAGGAACGUGGCCAUCAAGAAGCUGAGCCGGCCGUUUCAGAAUCAAACUCACGCCAAGCGGGCCUACAGGGAACUGGUGCUCAUGAAAUGUGUCAACCACAAGAACAUAAUCGGCCUAUUAAAUGUGUUCACGCCACAGAAGACACUGGAAGAAUUCCAAGACGUGUAUCUGGUGAUGGAGCUCAUGGAUGCCAACCUUUGCCAGGUUAUUCAGAUGGAGCUGGACCACGAGAGGCUGUCCUACCUGCUCUAUCAGAUGCUUUGUGGAAUCAAACACCUGCACGCCGCCGGCAUCAUACACAGGGACCUGAAGCCCAGCAACAUCGUGGUGAAGUCCGACUGCACGCUGAAGAUCCUGGACUUUGGUCUGGCGAGGACCGCCGCCACCGGCCUCCUCAUGACACCCUACGUUGUCACCCGCUACUACCGCGCCCCCGAGGUCAUCCUGGGCAUGGGAUACCAGGCCAACGUGGAUAUUUGGGCUGUGGGCUGCAUUAUGGCAGAAAUGGUUCGCCACAAAAUCCUUUUUCCGGGAAGGGAUUACAUCGACCAGUGGAACAAGGUGAUCGAGCAGCUGGGCACGCCGUCUCAGGAGUUCCUGAUGAAGCUCAACCAGUCUGUGAGGACCUACGUGGAGAACAGGCCGCGGUACGCCGGCUACAGCUUUGAGAAGCUCUUCCCCGACGUCCUGUUCCCCGCGGACUCUGAACACAACAAACUGAAAGCGAGCCAAGCCCGAGACCUGCUUUGCAAGAUGCUGGUAAUAGACGCAUCAAAGCGCAUCUCUGUGGACGAGGCUCUCCAGCACCCCUACAUCAACGUGUGGUACGACCCGACUGAAGUGGAGGCACCGCCACCCGCAAUCACAGACAAGCAACUGGAUGAGAGGGAGCACACGGUGGAUGAAUGGAAAGAGUUGAUAUACAAAGAAGUGUUGGACUGGGAAGAAAGGACCAAGAAUGGUGUGGUCCGGGGACAGCCAGCAUCCAUAGGUGCAGCAGUGAGCAGUGGCUACCAGCACCACCCCUCCUCGUCCUCCCACGACGCCUCCCCCGUGCCCACCGAGCCGCCCCCGACAGCAGUCUGGAGACUGAGUCCCACUACAGCCACCAGCUCCCCCUGUACACCCCUCUCCCCGGGCUGCUGCAGACGAUUAUCCUCUACACCUCCUCCUGGGCUGGGUCCCCCCCGGCCCUACACUGACUCCUGGCCCUGCCCCCUGCAUUUGCCUCCCCACCACCCACUCUCUGUGCUUGUCUUCAGUAGCGUUGCGGUUAACAGCUAGCUGUUAAGAAAUAUUUUGAUUUCUGAAAGGGCAGAUUUUUUGUUUUGUUUUUCAUUUUUUAUUACAGUCGCAGUCUUCUUUUUUUUUUAAUUAGAAUUUAUUUUCAUUUUGAGUCCUAGCUGUAAUUUAUUGUGGUAUUUCUUAAUUUUUCAGAAACCUAAGACGAUUCAUUUUUAUAAUUUCACUACGUUUUUGACCGACAGUGAAAAUUGAACAAAAUAUCUGUAAAAAUGUUUAAUGUGACCUAUUUUUCUGUUGAACUCUAUUUCUUUUUACUUGUAAUCUACUGCUUCUACGACUUGCCAUAUAAAUGUAGAUUUGAGUUUGUGUAGAUUUACCUUCGAUACAAGUUUGCAGUGAGCCAUUGAAACACGAUUGAAUUGACAUAUAUAUGGUCUUAGUGCUCCCCUUAUCUGUUUUAUUUCACAUGAUACGGAUAUUGUUUUAAGUGCAUAUGACAUAUCCAUUGAUGAGCUGAGAUCUUUUAGAUUUGCUUGUAAAAAAAAAAAAAGUAUUUCUUGAUUCGCAACUACUUCCUACAUUGUAACAUUUAAUGAAAGCUUUAUAAUUGAAUCCUUCACUUCCUGUUCAGACAUGAUAGGAUUUCAAAUUCAUUUUUUACUCUUCAUGUAAUUCAUUUUUACUUUGUACUUUUAAACUAUGGGAUUGAAAAUGGCACAGUUGGGUGCCGCAAAUUAACCUGGAGCUUUUGUCCGUGUUUGAGAGGAGCUUCACAGUAGCUGUUCCUCUGUAGCAGGUGGGGUGGAGUCACUCCGCAGGACAGGAAGUCCCGGCUGUGUCGUGCUCUGGGAGGUUCAUGGAGACGGGGGGGUCGUGGAAGUGGAAUGUGCCCCGGUCGAGCGGGGAGAUGUUGAGAAGGCGGGUGAACGUGCUGAUGGAGUUGCAGGGGGUCUUGGAGAGAUGCUGAUUCUGCAGCCUUAUGGAACAGUGUUGAAAAAAUGUUGGCUUCCCGCUUCCAGAUCCUGUUAUUAGUGGUGUACUUUUAUAAAUUUGGAAAUUUGAGAGGAGAUUUUCUGAAGGUUGGCUAAACACUACAAGAAGAAAAUAACCUAAAAGUUAGCAGCACAAACAACCGGUUGAAAUAACUGAUUAUUCUCACGUUAUGCAAUAAUAGUGCCCUUUUUUUUUUUUUUUGUAUUUUUUUUUUCCAUGUGGAAAGUAAAAGUGCCUGUUGUCUGUCAUCCAUUCCUGAGUAAGUGGGAGGAAGUGUUUUCAUUUGAUGUAGGUUUUUAUGGCAUCUGGUUAACAAUAGUAGUUUCCAUAUUGAAUCGCUAAUGUAUGAUGGGGUGGUAGUUCUCACAAAUGUAUUGUAUAUUUUUCUACUGGUUUGGCUCUCGCCCCCCACCCCCCGCUCCCAGCAGGGUAAGGAGGCGGUGACGUAUGCGUCGAGAUGCUCAAGCUUGUGCUGGAGUCGUUUCAGAAGAAAAGACAGUUUUAUCAAGGUCUUUCAUCAAAGUAAAAAUACGCCUUUCUUUGCAGUGACAACAACCAAAAUUGAGGCUAAUAGCCUGGGUUUCUUCUCUUUGAGUUCUAAUUCAAUGUGAUGAUUGUCAGAGGGGCGGAUGGUAAAACUCCCCCAGCGGAUCAAACCACGUCCUCCCUGUUGGUGGCAGAUACAUAUCCGACAGCCAGACUCAAACCCUCAAAGCGGUGACGCUGAGGAAUAUUGAACGUAUUAAGUAACCCCUGUGGUACUAACCCAAACAAUGCUCAGACUUAUGCUACUCAAGUCCCAACAAGCCAUAUUAGCCAGACGCUGUCUCCGCUGCUCGAGGAACGGCUUGUCGACUUUUUAAGAUCACGAAUACCGUGGUCACAAAGGAAGAAAAGAAAGGAGCCCAUGCUGUUUUAAACUCUUAACUUGUCCUGCUCACCUUCCACGCAGCAGCUGUGUUGUGUAGCCCCGCUAUAAUUUUGUUUCUGGGGUUGCAGCACUCAAACCUUACAUAUUACAUAUAUGGAACAUAUUUCCAUAUACGUACAGUAGCAGUCUAAAGUUUGGACACACCUUCUCAUUCGGUUGAAACUUUUGACUGGUACUGUAUGACCAUGCAUCAACUCUUUUGAGGAAGUAGUAAAUUAACAAGCACACAUUAGCUUCACCACUGAGCUAUGCAAAACUUAAAGAAAACAUAACAGUUUGGACCUCGGAACAUGCUCAGCAUUCAGUCACCACAAACUUAAGAAGGCAAGUUCAAAGCUGGUCAAGUUCAAGCCUAAAUUCACACGAUGCAUGGUCUGCAGUCCCACGGCUGUGACUCCACAGUGUCACAUCUGUAAGGAGGCAAGAGCAGCAGUUGUGACAUUGCUGGCGUGGAUCCAUUUCUCAUGUUUGAUUAAAUAAUCAAUCAGAAAAUAAUCGUUUGUUGGCUAAAGUGCCCUUAAUUUCCUCCGGCCAACAUUAGUGGCUUCUAUUGGACUGUUUUCUUGUUAGGUUGUUGCUUUUAAAAAAAAAAUCCAAUUACUGCAUCCUCCAAACAGUGUAACUCUGAUUUAAUUUGGCUUUGAUGAACUACCUCACGCUGAAUUUCUGCCAGUUCAUGCCAGCAUCUACAUAGUCGCCUGCAUGAGCUAUCGAAGACGUGUGAAUAACAGAUUCCAUUAUUUAUUUAUUUGAAAGUGUACUAUUUGUCGGUUUCAACAGACUUCUAGUUUUGUACAUUAUGUAUACUUCACCUAGAAGUAAGAGAAUUGUUAUGUGUUUUUCGUUCCUUUCUUUUGGAGGGGGGAGGGUUUUCUUUUCUUUUGAAACUAAAUGUGCAAUACCUUCAGCAAACUGUGCUAGUAGUGUGUGAUAGGCCUAGCCUCUGUUAACUGUCUCCUGAAGGUAAAGAAAAUGUUUGGUACUGUCAAUCCAUGUUUUCCUUUUUUUUAUGAAUAAGAUCAAGUUUAGUCCGGUGACUUGUUAACAGUCAUGCUGUUACGUAAUCAGUCUUACCCACCCAACGGGUCGGUCGGCCUAACUCCUUGAGGCGGAGAUGAGAUGUUCUCCAAGUCUAACGAGGCUGGCAGGUCUUCUGUUGGGGACGUGGUCAGGACAAUAAUGUUAAUGAACCCAAAAAAGACAAUUGAAUACCUACAAUAAAUCAUUAUAUGUACUGUGCUGGUUUGUUAUGUUUGCUAGUGAAUCCAGCCAUGCAAGUAGUUUUAAGAAAUCCUGGAUUUGCGUGUCCCAAAAAAACCCGCAACCAACAAAGAAGUGCACUACUAGAAUACAUGCACUGGGAUCUGAUGCCACCUUUAAAAGAAACAAAAAAAAUCAUGUACUGCAAAUAAAAUAAAAAAAUACACUUUGA